AUGCCCAACUAUGUGAAGUUUUUGAAAGAUAUUUUAACUAAAAAGAGGAGGCUCGGUGAAUUUGAAACAGUGGCGUUGACUGAAGGGUGUAGUGCUAUAUUGAAGAGUAAAAUUCCUCCUAAAUUGAAGGAUCCAGGCAGCUUCACAAUUCCUUGUUCUAUUGGUGGUAGAGAUGUUGGUAUAGCACUUUGUGACUUGGGGGCUAGUAUCAAUUUGAUGCCCAUGUCAAUUUUCAAGAAGUUGGGGAUUGGAGAAGCAAGACCAACCACAGUCACUUUGCAAUUAGCGGAUCGUUCUAUGGCACACCCGGAAGGAAAAAUUGAAGAUGUAGUUGUGCAAGUUGAUAAAUUCAUCUUUCCGGCUGAUUUCAUCAUCCUUGAUUAUGAAGCAGAUAGAGAUGUUCCUAUUAUCUUGGGUAGGCCAUUUCUAUCUACCGGGAGGACCUUGAUUGAUGUACAAAAAUGGGAGCUUACUAUGAGGGUGAAUGACCAACAAGUGACUUUCAACGUGUUCAAUGCUAUGAAGUUUCCAGAAGAGGUUGAGGAAAGUUCUAGGCUAAGUGUAAUUGAGUCUAUUGUUGCUGAAAAAUUCCAUAAGGAAGCUUGUAAAGAUGGAGUGGGGGUGAGGUCACUUGAAGAGCUUGAAAACUUAAGUGAAGAGGAAGAAAGCCAAGUUACAUGGGUAGAGUCAAAGCAGCCCUUUGCUAAAUUCAGGAGGCCUUUUGAGUCAUUGAACUUGUUGGAAGGGAAUUUUAAGCCUCCUAAGCCUUCUAUUCAAGAGCCACCAAAAUUAGAGUUGAAGCCUUUGCCUAUUCACUUGAAGUAUGCUUAUUUAAGAGAUAAUGAGACCUUGCCUGUGAUUAUUUCAGCCAUGUUAGGAGCUGAAAAAGAGAGUUUGUUGCUGGCUGUUUUGAAGAAAUACACAAGGGCCAUUGGUUGGACUAUGGCGGAUAUCAAGGGGAUAAGUCCCUCAUUUUGUAUGCAUAAAAUUCUGUUGGAGGAUUGCUGUAAUAAUUCUGUUGAGCAGCAGGGAAGGCUUAAUCCUAUCAUGAAGGAAGUGGUUAGAAAAGAGAUAAUUAAGUGGCUUGAUUAUGGAAUUGUUUAG